AUGUCGCAUCUCCUUCACAAGGUUAAAGAUGCUGUGACCGGCCAUCACCACGAUUCCAAGGACCCACCAAUAAAUAUGGGUCCAAUACCGGCGACUACGGAUCUCACGAAUAUGGAUCGAAGACGGGCGCGGGGAAGCUAUGGCUCCAGCACCAAUACAUACGGAUCUCAAACUGGCCAGGGCACCUACGGAUCUGAAACUACUAAUUACGGCAAGCUUAAUCCAGGCAAUUAUCGGUCUGGUGCUGGUGAGUCUGGUUCCCAUCCAGCUGCGGGUAACUAUGGGUCUGGCGCUGGAGAGUAUGGCCCCCACCCUAAUGUUCGCAAUUAUGAAACGAACGCUGGGGGGUAUGGCUCUCAUCAUGGUACGGGUCAUUAUGGAGCAGGGACCGGUGAUUUUGGCUCUCAGGCAGGAACUGGCAGCUAUGGUGGCUAUGGAUCUGGCCCUGGCCGUUAUAGUUUGGGCACGAACUCUUAUGGUUCCCCUGGUGGUGCACCAGGAGGCAGCAGCUACAACACGCCUGGUUCCGGCAUUGGCCGGCACAGUGAAGGUGCUUAUGGUCAUGAGCCAAGUAAACUGGGCUCUCCUACCCUUGAGUCAGAGAACCGAUACCCUGCAGGCGGUGCACAGCGUAGCCUAUGGUAA